AUGGCCCCUCCCGUAGAUGCGGCCACCCGGAAGAAGGUGCUGAAGGUCAUCUUCAUAUCUUUACUUCUGGACUUGAUAUCCUUCACCUUCAUCCUCCCACUAUUCCCUAAGCUUCUCGAAUUCUACCGCAACGCUGAAGCCCCUGCCGAUGCCUCGAAAGAACAACCACAAGCGCAGACCCUCCUUGCAUGGAUCCUUAGCUAUCUGAAUGCCUACAAGGCCGCCUUCGCCCGGCCCAUCGACUCCCGCUACGACAUCGUCCUGCUCGGUGGCGCCCUCGGCUCGCUCUUCUCCCUCCUCCAAGCCGUCGCAUCCCCCGUUAUCGGACACCUCUCUGACAAAUAUGGCCGGCGCACUGCACUGUUGACUAGCAUGAUGGGCAAUAUACUCUCGGUCCUGCUGUGGGUGAUGGCGGUGGAUUUCAGGACAUUCCUGCUCAGCCGCGUUGUCGGCGGGCUCUCUGAGGGCAACGUGCAGCUCGCCACCGCCAUUGCGACAGAUAUUUCGGAUAGCUCGUCCCGUGGCUCGACCAUGGCCCUCAUCGGCGCAUGUUUCUCUAUCGCCUUCACGUUCGGCCCGGCCCUGGGCGCCUGGCUGAGCACCAUUGCCACAGUGGCCGCGAAUCCCUUUGCGACCGCCGCCGGUGUCUCUCUGUUCCUGAUCCUGACCGAGACGGUGUACCUCUACUUUGCUCUUCCCGAGACCCUGCCCUCUAUGACCGAGAAUACCAAGGGCGAUCAGGCGCCUGCCAAGAAGGAUACCAAGACCGGCGGGCCAAGUGUCCUCCAGCGCACAAACUCCCACUUCCUCCUCAACGCCGCCCACUUCGCUUUCCUGCUCUUCUUCUCAGGCAUGGAGUUCUCACUCCCUUUUAUGACCUACGACCUCUUCGGCUACAGCUCUGCCAAGAACGGUCGGUUGCUCGGUUUCGUCGGACUGGUGGCAUCCAUCCUUCAGGGCGGCGUCACCAGGCGCCUACCACCACUCCUGUCCGUCAAGAUCGGGGUCACGGCCUGCUUCGUCGCCUUCCUGCUGCUCGGCCGUAUCACCUCUGUGUCUAUGCUGUAUGUUGCCGCGACGUGUCUGGCGACGACCUCAGCGACGGUGGUGACGGGGCUGAACGCGCUCGCCAGUUUUGAGGCGAGCGAGGGCGAGAGGGGCGGCAAGCUCGGCAUCCUGCGGAGCUGGGGCCAGGUAGGACGCGGGUUGGGCCCCAUCCUAUUCACGAGCGUGUACUGGUGGGCGGGGCGUGAGGUCGCCUAUGGAAUUGGUGCGGCUGGCAUUGCCGGUGUCGUAGCCCUCGUGUUUGGUGGGCUGAGAUCACCGCCUGGAUCUGAAAAGGUAAAGGUCAACAAGGCUGCUAAGAAGGAAUAG